AUGAGCGGUCAGAAUGGUAACGAUGCCAACGUGGAGGCCAGUUCACUGCUGUCAGCGGCCAAAGUGGGUGCUUUGAGUGGCACCGCGGGUUUGAUCUAUGGCGGAGCAGCCGGGGUGAUUCGGUCGCCCAAUCCAGUGGUGCACUCGAUCUCCCGUGGCAUCCACUGGUUUGCCUUUGGCUCGAGCUUCUGGUGGCUGCGGAGCAAUUUCAUCAAGCUUCAUUUCAAGGAUGAGCCGUCCCCGGCAGAACGGGCCUAUGUCAGUGCUCUCUCUGGAGGCAUCGCGGGCGGAGGUGUCACCCGGCUCAUGGGAGGCCGGCUGAUUCCUGGGGCCAUUAUUUUCUCCCUGCUUGGCUACUGUGGCCAGCACGCGUUUAACAAAGUCGAUACCUGGCAGAUGGAAAAUGCUCGGAACCCGUCCAAACCCCUUGCCCAGCGGAUGGCCGAGUCCAAAUGGAUUCCACUGCGGCAUCUGUCCGAUGAGGAGUAUCGCGGCAUUCUGAGUGAGAAGCUGCUGAGCAUUGAGGCGGAGAUAGCCCUCCUAGACGAGAGGAUUGAGCAGCUGGAGCAAUCCAGACCCGCGUCGACCGAUUCGCGAGGUGCAUGA